AUGAGAAAAAUACAAGUGAGCGUAGCAGAGAAACAUGCAAAAAUUCAAAAAGUAAACAGUUUGGAGCUCGAGAUAAAUAAGAUAAGGGAAGAAAUCGGUCGAGAUCGUCAGGAAAUCGAUAAAUUAAAACGAAACCUUCAAACGCGGCGGCAAGUUUUGCAAGAAUCUCUUGCCUACUUUAAAAAAUUUAAAUCUCAUCAACAAGCUUUAAUUACGAAAGACAUUGAUAAUACAAAAGAAAGGUGGCGGCAUGUACAUCAAGUACUUGCGCACUCAAGAAAAGUCUUGAUCGGUGAGAAAUUGGAGAAGUUUAAAUUUGUUAGAAGAGGAGAUUGUAGA